AUGCUACAAGACCCCCUGCGGGAGUGUGCGGCAGGUGGGGAAGACUUCUAUGGCGGAGGUUGGGCAGGCGCCAAGGUUUGGAAAGGCUUGGUCAAUCUGCCGCCAUACCUCACCCUCCAUCCUCCAUAUCCGGGACACUCCAUUGCUACAUCCAUGUCUGCUCUGCUUCGGGCGCCGCAAGAGCUUUUAACAUACCCUAGCAUAAGAUCGACCGAAAACCACGAUCGCGAAUCCAUCCAAGUUGCACUUUGCUGCGCUUCCAAAGCAUCCUUCGACCCCGCCGUAUCAAGACCAACCAGUCUAGCUGCAAGAAAGACCGGAAGCUGGACAAUGGCCACGAGAUCUCUGAAGUGGGAAUGUAAGAAUGCUACAUUGAGCACCUUCGCAAAUACCCAAGGACUUCGUGUUCUAGGAUACGUGGAGUUGGGAAAACGGGAAAACGGGUCAAGAUCACGCAAGAAUCUGGCCUUCGGCUUGAGUAUGAUCAACGAACGAAUGUGCAUCAGAUACUUAAUUUCUCAAGAUCAGUUUCAAGAUGGAAUGAAGGCCAACCGCGACUUCAAGACCACCAGAGAAAUUGUCGCUUAUACUACACUAUCUCCGGCCGUCAACCCGAAUUGAUUAUGCUCUCAAAUCCAAGAAGGUCCUGCCUCCUUGGCCUCCUUCGACGUCUACGCGGGCACCAGGCCCGGCAGUCGCGCAAGUGUACACGGAGUGACUCGGCUCACCACGCCGUCGAGCUGCUGCGGAGUACGACAGUGGAUCCAGCCACCGAGCUUAAAAUUGGAAUAGAAGAUAGGUGACAUACUUGGGCCGUAUGGCGUUGUCAUCCUGUCCACAAAUUUCUUCAGAAUGAGUGGAAAGGUGGUGAAGGGUCGACACUUGUGACAAGCCAAAAUCAGAUAUCUGCGUGUGGGAGCGACUCGUGGGCAGUGGAGUACCCACCUGCAGGUCCCACUUUGGCCCAUACUCCGUUCUGACCUCACAUGACACCGAUGCGGGCGAUUGCUGGGGUUAUCGUAGGGAGACCAGAGGCCCAAAGUUCUGAAACCAGACGGCAGGCUGUGUUGAAGAGUCUCAACCACAGACUUGUAUAGGUCGAGACCACCGCGUGACAAGAUGGUGAUGCUCUCCAAUGAGAUUGGCAGAGAGUAUCUAGCGAUUUUGAAGUCGGCCCAAGCCUUCUCACCUUUGAGUACGGCUUCAUCUAUUACCAACCUUCUGAGUCUCUCAAAUCCAUCACACGGAUGACGCAGGUGUGGUGU